AUUUGAUCCUGGGUGCAUCUGUGGUCCAGGGUCUGAGGUGACAUUUCUGCCAACCACGUGGGGGUGGCUGCACAAUCUGGGCUGCGGCCUGGUGCCCUGUUUCUGGGUACCCUAUUUGCUCUGGCCAUGCUCUCCGCUGCCGCCCCCCUUAUCAGCUCGGUCCAGAAGUUGGUUCUGUACGAGACCAGAGCUAGAUACUUUCUAGUUGGGAGCAAUCAUGCAGAAACAAAGUAUCGCGUUUUGAAAAUUGAUCGAACUGAACCAAAAGAUUUGGUCAUCAUUGAUGAUAGACAUGAGUACACUCAGCAAGAAGUGAGAGAGCUUCUUGGCCGCUUGGAUCUAGGAAAUAGAACAAAGACAGGGCAGAAAGGUUCUUCUGGAUUAUUUCGAGCAGUUUCUGCUUUUGGUAUUGUAGGUUUUGUGAGGUUUUUAGAAGGCUAUUAUAUUGUGUUAAUAACAAAAAGGAGGAAGAUGGCAGAUAUUGGAGGUCAUGCAAUAUAUAAGAUUGAAGACACAAAUAUGAUCUAUAUACCCAAUGAUUCUAUACGAAUUACUCAUCCUGAUGAAGCUAGAUAUCUACGGAUAUUUCAAAAUGUAGACCUAUCUAGUAAUUUCUACUUCAGUUACAGCUAUGAUUUAUCCCACUCACUGCAAUAUAAUUUAACUAUCUUACGAAUGCCCCUGGAAAUGUUAAAGUCUGAAACCACACAGACUCGCCAGGAGAGUUUUGACAUCUUUGAAGAUGAAGGAUUAAUUACACAGGGUGGAAGCGGUGUGUUUGGAAUCAGUAGUGAACCUUACAUGAAGUAUGUGUGGAAUGGUGACCUCCUGGAUAUAAUUAAAAAUACUGUACACCGUGACUGGCUAUUGUAUAUUAUUCAUGGAUUCUGUGGCCAGUCAAAACUCUUGAUCUAUGGACGACCAGUGUAUGUCACUCUCAUAGCCAGGAGAUCCAGUAAGUUUGCUGGAACGCGUUUUCUCAAGAGAGGUGCAAACUGUGAGGGUGAUGUUGCAAAUGAAGUGGAAACUGAACAAAUACUCUGCGAUGCUUCAGUCAUGUCUUUUACUGCAGGAAGUUACUCUUCUUAUGUACAAGUUAGAGGAUCAGUUCCUUUAUAUUGGUCUCAGGACAUUUCAACUAUGAUGCCUAAACCACCUAUUACAUUGGAUCAGGCUGAUCCAUUUGCGCAUGUGGCUGCCCUCCACUUUGACCAGAUGCUUCAGAGGUUUGGCUCACCUAUCAUCAUCUUGAAUUUAGUGAAGGAGCGAGAGAAAAGAAAGCAUGAGAGAAUUCUGAGUGAAGAGCUUGUAGCUGCUGUGACCUAUCUCAAUCAGUUUUUGCCUCCCGAGCACACUAUUGUUUAUAUUCCGUGGGAUAUGGCCAAGUACACUAAAAGCAAGCUGUGCAAUGUUCUUGAUCGACUAAAUGUGAUUGCUGAAAGUGUGGUGAAGAAAACAGGUUUCUUUGUAAACCGCCCUGAUGCCUACUGCAGCAUUUUGCGACCAGAUGAAAAGUGGAAUGAACUUGGCGGAUAUAUGAUUCCCACUGGCCGGCUGCAGACUGGAGUUCUUCGAACCAACUGUGUGGACUGUUUGGAUCGCACCAAUACAGCACAGUUUAUGGUGGGAAAAUGUGCUCUGGCUUAUCAACUGUAUUCCUUGGGGUUGAUUGAUAAACCGAAUCUUCAGUUUGAUACAGAUGCAGUCAGAUUAUUUGAGGAACUUUAUGAAGAUCAUGGGGACACUCUUUCUCUUCAAUAUGGUGGUUCUCAACUUGUUCAUCGUGUGAAAACUUACAGAAAGAUAGCACCUUGGACUCAACACUCAAAAGACAUUAUGCAGACACUCUCAAGAUAUUAUAGCAAUGCUUUUUCAGAUGCUGACAGACAAGACUCCAUCAAUCUCUUCCUAGGAGUAUUCCAUCCCACCGAAGGAAAACCUCAUCUCUGGGAACUCCCAACUGACUUUUAUUUACAUCAUAAAAAUACUAUGAGGCUUCUCACAACAAGAAGGAGUUACACUCACUGGUGGACACCAGAAGUAAUAAAAUAUUUACCACUGCCUUAUGAUGAAGUUAUCUGUGCUGCAAACUUAAAGAGAUUGGUGGUGAAGAAAUUCCAUAAAUAUGAAGAAGAGAUUGAUAUCCACAAUGAGUUCUUUAGACCGUAUGAAUUGAGUUGUUUUGAUGACACUUUUUGCUUGGCCAUGACGAGUUCUGCACGUGACUUUAUGCCUAAGACCAUUGGCAUUGAUCCAAGCCCAUUUACUGUGCGGAAACCAGAUGAAACUGGAAAAUCAGUAUUGGGGAACAAAAGCAAUAGGGAAGAAACUGUGUUGCAGCGGAAGACAGCAGCCAGUGCCCCACCACCCCCCAGUGAGGAAGCUGUGUCCAGCAGCUCUGAGGAUGACUCUGGAACUGACCGAGAAGAUGAAGGCUCUGUGUCCCAGCGGUCCACUCCUGUGAAGAUGACUGACACUGGAGACAGUACCAAAGUGACUGAGAACAUGGUCCAGCCCAUGAAAGAAGUGUAUGGCAUUAACCUCUCAGAUGGCCUCUCAGAUAACGAUCUAUCCAUUUAUUCAAGAUUUGUUCAGCUGGGGCAGAGUCAACAUCAAGAUAGAAGCAACCAACAGGUCUGUGCUCGGUGCCCAGAUGGAGUUAUAAAACUAACACCCAUCUCCACUUUCUCACAAGAUAACAUCUAUGAAGUACAGCCUCCCAGAGUAGAUAGGAGGUCUACAGAAAUAUUCUUGGCCCAUAUUCAAGCUGGUCAUGGUGCCAUGCAGCCUCUUGGGAAGGAAGACAGCAUCAUGUACCGAGAGUACAUCAGGAACCGCUACCUCUGAACAAGAAGGCCAAGCUACACAAACAAGCCCCAUCCACUGCCAUCGUCAUCUUCAAAAGCUAAGGGCCCAGCACAACCUGUUAUGGAGGCAGGACUUUCCUCUUUUUGGAAAUGCUGAUAUCCAAGUUAUGGGUAAUAAAUGCUUGGAUAGUUUG